CGUGAGAGGCAGGCUCGGCUUUCACGAGGACCGAAGAUAAUCAAGUUAAGAAAACUCUCAGAUGUUUGCUUUUCUGAGCCAAAAAUAAGAAAGGACGCCAAACUGAGGGAGGAAAAGGAACGCAAGGCCAUGCAGGCUGAUACCACGGUAGAGGAAGAUGAGACGUUCACUGACAUAUCACUGGCAGACGACACAGUGGACAGCAGACCUGCAGCCCUGUAUACUAAGCCGGAGAACGAGCUCUUCAUCAUGAACUGUGAUAUAGAUGGGGACAUGGAAAACCAGGUGGAGAUGGAGGAGAAGACACGGCUCAUAAAUCAGGUGUUGGAACUCCAGCAUACUCUGGAAGACCUGUCAGCGCGGGUGGAUGCAGUGAAGGAGGAGAACUUGAAGCUAAAGUCGGAGAACCAGGUUCUCGGGCAGUAUAUUGAGAACCUUAUGUCUGCGUCCAGUGUCUUUCAGACCACCGACACCAAGAGCAAACGGAAGUGAGGCCUUCUUUUGCCAGAAAUUGCAUCAGUCGCCGCAAGUUGACGCCUGCAGGCGAACCUUCUUUUUCACCAACUUCUUUUUUUGUUGUUGAAGGACUUCCUGUGUCAGUCUCCAACAAGCAGAAGGCUGCUGAAGCAAAGAAGAAUCCAGAAUGAAUACUAUUGUAUCUCUAACAAAUACUAUUGUGACCAUGACGCUUCUUUUCAAUGCCUUUGUUUUUAAUGUGUUGUCCUAAGUGGAAGUCAUCAUGGCCACGUGUUGCAUGAUCGUUGUCAUCUUUUCUACUCCCAGCUCAACAUUGUUUGUGGAAAAUGUAUUCCAGUGGCAUGUGCACCUUAUCACAUCAUUUGGGAGUUCAGCUUAUCAGGCAUCAACCAGUUUUUGACAAGGGUAAAUACUAAAAAAAAUAGUUUAGCUCUAUGAUUGGUGUGUAAACGAUGGGGUUGGCCAGGAAGUAAAGAUGCUUCCACUGUAAGAGCGCCAAAACAAAAGCAUCAAAGUGGUUUAGAGUGCUAUUGAUCUGCUGUGGCAGACCAAGACCAAGCUGUAACUGUCUGAGGCAGCAAUUAAAGAGUGUCCAUUAAAAACCGUAACACUGCAAAAUUGUACUUGUUGCCAAAAUGUUACUUUUUGGCAAGUUUUACCUCAUGUGUUAACAAUGGGUGAAAAGGGACAGAUUGUUACAAGUUAUUUAUUUUGAUAUUUUUAAGUUGUAUUCUAUGAGUAGAUACCCAGCACUGUUCCUUUUGUUUUUAAUAAAAGCUCAAGCUCAA